CGGAUGUUCAAACUUUUGUGAUAUGCCAAAGUUUAAAAGUUAAAUAAAAGGACACGUUUAUUUAUCAUCCUUGGAUGUCGCGUGAAGUGUUUAUCAGCAUACCAUCUUCUUUUUCUUUACUUUUCGUCGUCUGAACUCGGAAACAAUUCGUAUUAUUGUCAUUACUGGCCUCGUGGCUUGGCGCGUCUGACAGCUGUCCAUCUUUUGGCAGCCGUUGCCAUGGAGGACGUCACGCGCCUGGUCUCAUCAGGUGACUGCCUGAAGAUUUGGGAUUCAGCCUCCAUGACGGUGAUGGAGCAGUUCAACCCUCACAGUGCAACACAUCCUGUGGCUCAAGUGUGCUGGAGCAGCAGCAAUCAGUACCUGGUCAGUGCCAGCAGUAUUGGGGACAAGCUGGUGGUAUCCAGUCUCAAGUCCUCACCGGUUCCAGUGAUGGAGCUUGGUGAAGGGAAAAAGCAAACACGCGUCAGUCUGAAUUCCACGUCGCAGUUCCUUGUUAGUGGAGGUCUGGAUAACACUGUUAAUAUCUGGGAUCUAAAGACAAAAAGGUUACACCGUAGCCUUAAGGACCAUAAGGAGGAAGUUACAUGUGUGUCUUUUAAUGGAGGAGAUAGCUACAUAGCAUCAGGCUCCACCAGUGGAGAUAUCAUCCUCCAUAGCAUUACCACAAAUCUGUCGAGCAAACCCUUCGGUCAUGGACCAAAUGUGCCCAUCCAUGAUUUGAGAUAUUCACUAGUGAAGAGGUCUCUGCUAGGCACUGUUUCCGACAGUGGCUCUGUUGCAUUGUGGGAUGCUAACACUCAGAAGGAGCUGCAUUUGUUUGAUGGGGCACACAAAGCCCCUUGUUCAGGGUUGGCUUUCUCUCCGGCCAAUGAUUUGCUCUUCAUCACUGUGGGGCUGGAUAAGAAGAUCGUCUGCUAUGACACCUCCAGCAAAAUGGUCUUUCGUAAUAAACAGGUAGAGUCUCCACUUACAGCCAUUGACUUUACACCAGACGGGGCUGGACUUGUCGUGGGCUCCACUCAGGGAAGAAUCUCCCUGUAUGACCUGCGAAACCUCAGCGCGCCGGUCAAAAUCACUACAGCUCACAAGACAUCCGUAACCUCUAUUCGCUUUCAAAACUCCACUUCUAAAAUAAAGUCCACUAAAACAGCAUCCAACAAAUCCCAGUCAAAUAAGAGGAUCUCUGUAAAACUGGGUGGUCAGCAGACAGGACCGUCCACUCCGACAUCUACAGUUCCACCUGGUGUGCCUGGCUCAGAAUUUCCUGGAGAAAGAGGAGAUGGCCAAGCCCAAAUCACAGGUACUGCUGAUGAUGUCUUCUCCCAACACAGUCAAAAUCAGCCUCCAAGCCUGGAGAAGUUUAGCGGCAUUGGCCGAAACAGCCUGAACUUGGAUAUUUUCUCCCCUCUUAAUGAUGGUUUUAAGUCGCAUGGUUUCGGUGAUACUCCAACGUCAAGAAAUGGGGGCAGUAUAGAUGUGUUUUCAAGGGAGGGAGAAGGUCAACACAGUACAGACAGGUUCAGGGUUGGUCGAAACAGCUUGGAUAUCUUCUCGCCUGUUCGAGAUGAUUACAAAAGCCACAGACUGAGUGAUGCAUCAGUUGGAAAGAAAGACUUUGACUACCUACCUAAUUUUCCUGGUGGGUCGUCGCAGCGUAAGACCCCAUUGGGCACUCCAGGCAAUCGCUGCUACAGUCCAUCUGUGGUUCAGACUCCUCCACCAAUCAAAGAAGAGGAAUCUCUUACCACACCACCACAACAGACAGAUAUACAGAACGGCUCGAAGAUGGAGCAAAAUACUGCCCUCCGCCAUGAAUAUGAUGUCAUAACGUCACCACCUGCCGCCCAGAGCACACGUGUUCAGUCGGUGCAUCCAUACAACACACCUGAGCCCAGUAAGAAAGAUCUGCCCACCCAGCUCACCUAUGAUUCACCGGUCGGCCAACCCCAUCCUGUCACCUCACCUGCUCCAGCAGCAGCAGGUGUUGCCUCUGAGAGCAAUGGAGCUCCACUCACCUCGGUUCAAAUGAAAUUCGUUCGUAAUAUGAUCCAUGAGGCACUAGAAGACUUUAGGGACACGUGCCAUAGAGAUAUUAUCAAUCUACAGGUGGAGAUGGUGCGGCAGUUUUAUAUUCAGCUGAACGAAAUCCAUGGUUUGAUCGAGAAGUACUCCGUGAACGACUCACUCGUCGAGGAGAUAGAAAGACUUAGAGAGGAAAACAAACGACUACGGGCCAAUUAUUAAGACUGUCAUGGAUACGUAUCUAUCACUGCAUUAUGAAUCCUGUGAUCAUCCAGGAAUAUUGACUGAAUCAGAGACAACAAGGCAGUGGCUCAGACGUUUUUCCAGUGCCUUAAAUCUGCUCACAGUCUGCCUUUGUAUUUGUCAUGUCCAUCACAUUUUGUAUUUGUUUUUCUAAGUGUGUAAGUUUUUCAUGCAUUACAAAUCAGACAGCAAGUUAAAGAACACGCUUUGUUUUUCUCCAAGGUGUGUGUUUUGUAUAAUUAUAUGCUGACUAGUUUACAGGAACAUGUACAUAUCGGCACUUACAACAUGAAUGUGGUAUAGUGACAAAUCAUCUCAAUGUAGACUUUGUCACCUAUGGAGUGCAUUGAGUCUAGGUUAUUUUUGAAAUCCACAUGCCAAAAAUGAAGAGACAUUGAUGAUGUGUAGGAGGAGUGGUGUGGUAUUAGACAGAUCUCAGCAUGAAUGUCUAUAUGGGAGCUAUGUAAAUGAUAGUGCUUCAUAAACAAUACAUACGAUCUAUGUUAAAUAAAUUUCCUAUAAUCCUGACUGAGCAUUUGGCAUCCAAAAUGCAAAAAACUAACAACCAUUAUCUUGUAUACUGUGCUUCUAAUCUACUUUUUUAGAGAUGUCUUCCAAUGGACCGGGCUUAAAUAAAUUAUUACCGCAUUUCACACA